ACUUGGUUCUCCUUCCGCGGAACCUAGGCCAUUCGAUUCAGACUCGAAAAACUCCAAAGUCUGUGCCUCCUGUUUUGGGCAGUCCAGUAUCGGCAGUCGAGAUCGUCGAUUGACACUGGGGAAUCUCUUUCAUGCACCACAGGUAAAUGGGUGGAGAAUCUAUAUGAUUAGCCCUCAACAAAGAUAUCUACAAUUCUUGGUGCCCAAGGACCUAUGCAGUUCCCAGUCUUACCCUGUUAUCUCAAUUUUAUACAGCUUAAGUUAUGCACAAUACAAAGCAAACUUAACAAUCUCUCGAAUUCUUUGGGCCAGAUGUUGGUGGUUCAAUGCAUGGUUUUGGUCGCCGUAUGCCAUUGCUGUCAAAAUCUGGACUGCAUGCUUUUUGCUGGGUAACUGUUGGUCUUUUGCCAGGUUUGAGUUGCUACAGUUGUCAAGAAUUUGCCGUGGGCUGGAUGAACAGAUUGGCGUGUCCAGAUGGAAAUAUGAAAUAUCCAACAAGUAUAAAGGCUAAUGCAGUCUUGUGAGGAGCUGUUUUGUCCACCCCUCAUGCCCAGGUGCAUAUUGUUAUAUCUGACUAGAUAUAAUUUAUAAAGAUAGAGGAGCAGCACAAUUGACAUAUUUGAAUGAAUGUUAAUUAUAAUUCCGGAUCUGUCUGACUUUGGUAGUUAAGUUGUAGGUUUUGGGUUCCGUUUA